AUGCUCGCCAUCUUACCUCUUAGCAUCGAGCUCUCCGACAGCUCAGGGGUGUUGCGUGCGCCUCAUCAAAAAGACCAGGCCAGCAAUCCUCCCUUACCAAGUUCGCCAGCUUGGACCACCGGAUCAACAACAGCUCACUCACCACCCAUAACAACCUUCUCCCACAUCUCUUACCAGCUCCUUCAGCCCAACAACAGCCGGGGCCGCCGCAUUCACCUCCUUACCCUCCCCCUCGAGGUCCGCCUCCUCAUUUACCACCACCUCCUGUCCUUAACCCCAAUGUGGCCCCGUGAUCUCAGCGGCCCGAGCCACCCGCUCCCCCAUCAUGGCAGUGGCCAGCCCCAGCACGACGGCACAACCUACUUGCUCCUCCGGCCACGCCUCCCCGGUCUACAUCCGCCAUAUCCACAUGAUCCGCAUGCAGUUCCGUCAGCUGCGGGUUACCUCCCGUCAUCGCUCCUGUGCACCAACCGACAAAUCUACAACGAAGCGCGCCUGGUUCCCUUCCACCACAACGAGUUUGCCUUUGUGAGUUGGUUCUUCUCCGGCCUGUCGGCUGCGCGGGCAUUCGUCGCGCGCCUGGCCGGAUGGCAGCGCGAUGGGCUGCGGUUCGCGCGGUUGGAGAAAGUGCUGGCGGCGGAUCUGGUGGAGGAAGGGCGGGUGCGCAUGUGGGAGGAGCUGUGCGGUUUCUGGGAGAACGGGCUGCAAAGGUUGAGGCUCAAAAUUGAGCUCGGGCCGGUGAAGAUGGAGCAGGAGGUCUGGAAUCGCGAUGAGGAGGGACUAUCAAAGGAACGCUGUGAAGUCCAGGGAUUGGCAUCGAGAUGA